AUGGGUAGAUAUAGAGGACACGGGGGUACACAUACCAAAAAUAAACAAUAUAAAAGAGCUAGAUCAACAAAAAAUAGAGCAAAAGAUAUCGAUCAAAUUUAUAAUGAAAUACAACCAGAAAACCAAGAAAAGUUUACAAAAUUUGAAGCAGAUCCAGAUUUACCAGGUAUGGGUCAAUCAUAUUGUAUGCAUUGUUCAAAACAUUUUAUAACAAACGAAGAUUUAGAAAAACACUUUAGAGGAAAACCACACAAAAAUAGAGUCAAGGAAUUAAAAACAAAACCAUAUACCGUUGAAGAUAGUAAAAUCCCAGUUGAUAAUGGAAAGAAAUUAAAUAGAGAUGAAAAUGGUGUACCAACUUAUGAUAGUGGUGUUGCAACUGCUGUUGAAACAGAUUAA